CACGACUUGUGUUUGGACGCAGGAGGCAGCAACACAACCGAGAGAAGUCUUCUGUUUGAGCUUGUUCCAGUCAACUGAAGGAAGAUGAGACUUUAUCUUCUGUCCUGUGUCUUUUGCCUUCUGGCUGCUAAAGCUUCCAGUCAGCCUUCGUAUUUGAACUGCAACAAUGAUGAUGAGGAAGGAAGUGGUACUAACUGUGUGGACAUCAAGGCAUUGCAGGAACGCCUUGCCAAGCUGGAGCUGGCUAUAAACUAUCCAUUUGUCCGGAGGGUUGGGCGGAAAUACUUUGUGUCCAACAAGAAAAGGGACCGUUUUCAGACGGCCGUGGAGUUCUGCUCCCAGCGAGGUUUGGAGCUGGCCCUGCCCCAGAACCAGGAGGAGAACAGCGCGCUCACUGAGGUGUUUGGAGAUGCGUUCAAAACAGUCUGGAUCAACGUCAGCCGGAAGAAGGCAGAGGGCAAUUUUAAAGUCGAUAUGAACAAUCGAACUCUGAUCUUUACCAAAUGGGGACGAGGGCAGCCAGACACGUCCAUCCGAGAUACUGGCUGCACCAUGGUGGGAGAAAAUGGGCUCUGGAAUGUGACGCAGGAAUGUUUCCUGAAUGCCUUCGUAGUUUGUCAAUUGUAAGAACCUAAUACUCUCUUGGGUUUUUUUGGGGGGCUUUUCCCAUGUUUCCUUUAAACAUUUUAUUGUUUGUAUCGUUGAAUACAUCUCUUCAACCUGAAGCAGCAGCAGCAGCAGCAGCAGAGCAACCUUUAAUGCUGAUUAGCAGUCCUCUUUAAAUAAACUAACUAAAUGUGCAAUGCUUUAUUGUCCGCUUGAUUUUUGGCACCCGCUUCAACAAGUUUGUUUUUUUUUGGUUAUUCUGAUUCUGAUAUUCGUAUCAAAAAUACUACCUGUUGAACAUAAGGGGUAUUGGAUCUGUGAGUAACGUUCUGUGCAACAUGCCCCCCCAUGUAGUUUUUAUAGCAUGCAAUGCCAACUCUACUUUCAUUUCUCUAUGAGCCAGAAGAGGAAGUUACACAAUACUGCAUGCAAAAUCCCCGUUCUGAGUCAGCGGCUGGAGAAGCGCUGGAAGUUGUUGACCCGAGAUAGCUAUCCAGCACUGACAUUAUGGUGACGAUAUAACAUUAGCUUAUACUGGAAAAUCCGUGCAGGAAAACUGCAGCGUGCUCAUUAUGCAAGGCUGCGGUUUCCAAAGGUGGCACGAAAAUGUAUAAAGAUUUCAUUUUCAUUUUAUUCUUUAUUUCAUUAAAAAAAAAAAAAAAAAUUCAACACAAAUACAAAUGUUCUUAAAUUGUGAAUGAAAAGAGAGCAGAAAGAAGAAGAAUCUUAUCUGAUCUGCCCCUUUUUCCAAGAAAUAACUUCACAAAUAACAAAUUAAAAAUACUAAUAAUAAAAAACAACAACUAAGUGAAUAAAAAAACUAAAAUAAAAUAAAAUUAAAAUAAAAUUACCGCCGCCUAUGGGUAUGUCAAUCAAACUCAACUAACAUAUUUCAUUAUAUUUACUUAACAUAUAG